AUGGGAAAUUUAGAACGUAACUUUAGAAAUGUUAUUCAAUUGGCGGUAGCCUUUUGUUGUAUAAAUUUUGGAAUAUAUGGUCAUCAAUAUAUUUUUAAAGAAGCAAUUAUAACAAUGUGGAAUGAUGAUAAUUUUAAAUUAAGAGAUAAAGCUUCUGAUAUAGCAAAUACAUUAUAUUAUAUAGCAUUUGGUAUUUCAAGUGUCGUUUCACCAGCAAUCAUAGGAUUCUUAGGUGCUAAGAUAGCUUUAUUAACAGCAACAACAUUAAUUUUUUCUCAUGUUUUUACAAUGAUUAUUUUUAAACCAUGGUUAUGUUUCUUAACAUCAGCCUGUCAAGGUUUAGGAUUUGGAAUAUUAUGGGGAGCACAGGGAAAACUUUUAAAAUUAAAUUCUACUCCCAGGACAGCUGAUAAACAUACAAAUACAUUUUUUGGUAUUUGUUAUUCUAGUACCAUUUUUUCAUCCAUAUUUUUAAUAUGCAUAUUUAUUAUUACCAAUAGAACUGAUGGAUAUAGUAUUGAUACAUUAAUUGUAACUUAUUUGAUAAUGUCUUUAUCAAUUGCAGGAGGAUUUAUUAUACUUUUUUUUAUGAAAAUGCCUUCAAAAAAUGAGAUGACAUCAAUAUCCAUAACAAUAGAAAAUGGUACUUUAGCAACAAAUACCUAUGUUGAAAUUAUGUUUAAUGUUUUUAGAGUUUUGUUUAAAAAAAGUUUUAUUAAAUAUGCAAUUUUAUUUAUACAUUUUGGAAUUUCAUGUUCGAUAUGGUCAUCUUUAAUUCCUUCAACAAUAAGUGCAUCAACAGAAUUUGGUAAGCAACGAUUUUAUCAUAUGGCAGGAUGUUGUUUUGUACAGGGUGCAUCACAAUUAUUAGGUGCAUUUUUAUUCUUUUUUUAUGGACAUAAAUUUAGAAAAUUAACUCGUUUAAGAAAAGCAUAUUUAAGUGGUAUUUUAACAUUUUUUGCUUACUCUAUAAUUUUAUUUACAAUUCCACCAAAAUCAAAUCAAGGAAGAACAAAUGAGAAACCUCAUAUUCAAAUUGUUUCUCCUUUAUUUCCAUAUAUAGCAUCCAUUCUUAUUGGAUUUGGAGAUAUUAUAUUUAAGAUUCAAACUACUACUCAUUUGAUGGAUGUCUAUCCAGAUCAAAGUGGAGAAGUUUUUUCUCUUUUUAAUGGAUUUCAAGGAGUAGGAAUGGCUUUAAUAUUUAUAGUAAAUAUGCACUUAACAUUAGAUAUUAUCAUGUCAAUUAUUAUGGUAUUGUUGACACUUGCAUUAUAUAGUUUCUAUAUUGCUGAAAAGGAACUUUUUAAUUAUGUUGGUUCAACAUCUAGUCUAACAUCUAGCCUAACAUCCAGUUUAACAUCUAGCUUAACAUCAACUUAA